GUGUGUGUUUGUGUUGCUACACUAUUUGACAGCUCGACCAUUCUGUUCCUGCGCAUUACCAUUACAGACCAUCCGACACCGAUGGUGGGAGGGUGCACGUUUUCUCUUGAGUUGACAGCACUGGAUGUUAUAAAUGUGUGGUUUUAUGUAGCACGCUAAAGAUUGACGAAACGGAGGCCAUGUACCGAUCAACUCAGGUUUGAUCGUAGAAGAUGCUCGGACCCGAGGACUGGUGCUGGAAUUACGAAGACAUGAUGUAGCCAUUGAGCGGGUGAUCUGUAGCGUCCAAAGACGGUGUUUCUCAUCUGAUCGAGUUCCAACCUUCGUGAGUCAAGAUUUUCAACCCCUUGUGAAAAUGAGACUUAAGUGAUCAGUGAUUAAGGAGAUGAUGACUUUCCAGGACGUGAGCUGGCUGGUUCAGGUGGCACUCUUCUGCGCCUCGCUGCUGGUUGUACUAGCCUGGCUCGUUCAGUUCUCACUGGCAUUGCUUCACCCUAGGUGGUGCACGAGGGUUCAGGGCAAGAGGGAGACCCCAUGGCAGCUGCCCUUGAGUCUCACCCACCAGACACUGACGGGCGGCGUGUGGGGUUCCCUUCUGAGGCUGAGGCUGGGGCGAGACGGGGCAGGGAGUGACACUGAGGCUGGCGUCAAAGGUCUUUUGUCCUCGCUUUUUGUGUUCAAGUCGUUCAGGGAGCACUGGCAGAGAGCUUGGGUGCGGGCGCUCAAUGAACAGGCCUGCAGGCAAGGGAGCUCCAUUCAGAUCACCUUUGAUGAUGGUCUUCAGCUCCCAACUUCUGCGUCCAUUGACUGUGUGACUUGCACUGACCAAUCAGUACGCAGCAUGGUCCUGCAGUGCAAUUGUUCAGUCGACACCGUAACAUUCCCCGUGACUGUCACUCAGCAGUCACCUGCAGCCGUUUCCAUGGAUACCUACCAGAUCACGAUGAAGCCCAUGCAGGCCCAGUUGCAGGUCUGUCUUGAGGAAGUGGAGGAAGAGGGUCUCCUUGUGUCCUGGACUUUUUCCAAGCAACCUCAUCUCUCUUUAACCGUAACACCACGCCAAAGAGUCCAGAAAGAGGCCUCUGACGUGGAGGUGGACAGUGAAAUGAUUGCAGCUCUGGUGGAGGACACACUGUACACAACACACCCUGCCUUGAUCCUCAACCUGAGAGCCUGUGUAUCAAGCCCUGCGUUUCCCAGGGAGAAGCAGAUCGGUGGUCUGAACUCUCCAUCUCAAAGCAUGCCUGUCGGGCGCAUUUUGGUGCACCAGCUCAGAGCAACCAACGUCAAAAAAGGAUGUCAGACUCAUGUAGGAGAGCUUUGUUGUAUGCUGAGUCUGGACACUCCUUCCAUUGAACGGAGAACCAGCUUCCUUACUCCUUCCCCCAGUCCUGGAGCAGCCCUGCAUUGGACUGACGACUUUACACUGGAAAUAGGACCAGAAACCAAAGAACUCAAAGUAAGACUUGUGGAGAAGAACAGCAAAGGAGAGCAGUUUCUGCCUGGUUGUGCUUCCUUACAAUUGGAUCCCUCUAAAAUAAUUCCUAAUGGACAACAUAAACUGUCCAUCGCACCGGGUCAUGGUCUGGCUCCAACUGCAGUUGUAACAUUAGAACUGUUGUAUUUGGAGUCCAGUGAUUUGCGUGCAUGUCAGAAUGCCACUCCACUGCGAUCCUUGGCCACCCCCUCAAAGAAGGUGGACGUGGACCGCACAAUCAUGCCUGAUGGCACCAUUGUCACAACGGUAACCACCAUCCAGUCACGACUAAAACUGGACCGCAAACUAGGAGACUCUCCGUCUAGGUCUCCCUCAAAUGUGGAGGUGACUGAAAAGACUCCCACUGUGCUUACAAACAGCUUGCAGAGCACCAGUGCCAGUCCCACCCCCAGCACAGAAGGCACCCUCCCUAAUGGGCUGGAUCCCGUAGCAGAAACGGCCAUUCGGCAGCUAACCGAGUCGGCCAGUAAGGUACCUAAGAAGACACCUACUAAACGCAGCACUCUCAUCAUAUCUGGGGUGUCAAAGGUCCCCAUUACUGAAGAUGACUCAGCCUUAUCAGUGGGCUACGCUGCAGCAAUGGAUGCAGCCCUACAGGGGGCGCAUUCUCCCAGCGGAGCCCCGAACCACCACGGAGCAUCCGCACAUCAGGAAGCAGACGAGACUACGCCAUCUGACGUGUCAGAGCGACCAUCCGUGGAUGACGUGGAGUCAGAGACAGGAUCGACCGGAGCACUGGAGACGCGUAGCCUCAAAGACCACAAAGUGGGAUUCCUCCGCAGUGGCACCAAGCUUCUAUUCCGCAGGAAACACAGGGAGAAAGAACCCAGUUUCAGUCAGUCCCACGAGGACGUCUCAAACCUGGGCAAUGACUCCCCCACAGCCCCCUGCUCCUCCACCAGCCGUAAAAAGUCUGGAAGCUUCUCUCACCGCCUCAUCAAACACUUUUCGUUCCGCUCGUCCAAGACAAAGGGCAAAUCCAGCACAGCCAAUGGAGGAUCCAGCACUACAGAUAACUAAAGGAGAAAUAGAGAGGAAGGGCGAGUAAGAGAGACACGGUGCGGGCACCAGUCAAAUGAGUGUGGAAUUGGCUCCAAAUUGCUCCAGAACUAGUUAUUUAUGUUAUAUACCGAUUGUCUUCAACCUAGUUGGGGUAACAUAAUACUUCAGACCACAUUGUACCCAGGAAGCCAGCCUUGUUUUGUUUUGUUUUUUUCUGACUGGAACCUCAUCAUUCAUCUGUGAUUAAGCUUUUCAGAUUAGAAAACGCCAAACGUGGAAAAUAAAAGGAUUUGACUAUUUAUGGAUGCAUUGCGAACCUAAUUAAUUUGAUAUAACGGAUAAACAGCUGCUUUUGUGGAUAAUUAUGAGCGAACAAACUUGAGAAACUCAAAACGGUCUUGUCAUGCGGUUAUUGAGCACCAGAGGGCGACAUAGACCAAUGACUAUUGAUGACUCCAUCACUGUCGCUGUGUUGUUUUUCUCAUUUAUUUAAUUUUAUCAGUUGCACUUUGGAUCUUAAUCUGAUUGUUUACAAUGCUGGGGAUCCCUUUUUCUAUCAUGUUUGUGUAUCGUUUACUGUUAUCGGCACUGAUUUAUUUCUCCUGAGCUCAUGGGGAGUAUUUCCAGAGUGUGAUAUGCUAAGACAUGCUGUGAGCUUUGUUCUCGUUUUGCUGUUGCUAUAGCAUUUAGAUCAAGGGAUAUUAUGCCCGGUUUUUAAAUAGUGGUACGUUUGACUUUCAUUGUGGCUUAAUAAUCUUUUAUAAUGAUGUUUAUUUGUUUAAGAAAACGGAAGGGUUCUUAAGGGUACUGUAGGCAUAUCUCACUAAAUUACGUUCGUGUUUUGGUUGUAAAGUGUAAGCCCUUCAAGGGAUACACUACAG